AUGUCAGGAAAUUCUGGGAAUCCACCAGGGGACCCAGGAAAUCCAGGCAACUCGAGCAACUUGAGAAACUCUGGAAACUACGACUAUCCUCCUGCCUCACUCUGGCCCCGACCCCCUCGUCUGUUUGACGGUCAACUCAGUCAACAGUCAUUCCGUGAACGAUAUCCACACACCCAAGACCUGAUUGACACCUUGAAUGCCCAGCAAAAUCGGCCUACUACCGACACAAAUUCGUCACCUUGGGUUCGUUUAAUAGAGAACGUGGGAAGCGGUGAAACAACGGAGUCGCUGUCCGAGCUGCUUAGGAUAUCCGAAGAACAUAUGGACCAGACUGGUGGGACGCCUCGAGAGAAUCCACGAGCCGCUGAGACUGCUAGGCCAUCUACCGGAGCCCGUUUACAUUACCUACGGAGUCUCCUUCAUUCCGGAAGGAACCGUUCAAACGCCGACGAAACCUCUCGUGCUUUGGAAACCUUGGAUAGGGAAAUCGAAGAGCAUAAUCUCGACCAGAUCCGGGAUCGCACCAGCUCCAGUGAGCCUCAUUCUGAAGAGCCGGUUUCUUUCAACAUCCCACGCCCCCCGCAGAUCGAUUUUGCAUCUCUGAGGUCGAGCCACAGAACGCUGUGGGAUCAAGUGCGGGCCGAGUUUGGCAUCAAUGCCCAAAGUCCCGCCCGGACAAAUCCUUAUCAAGACCCUUCGCGCCCAACAACAAGCAGCAGAAGCCUUCGUCGUCGCUCGUUCCGUCCUGACCUGCGAGGCAGUAGCAAUAUCACCGACCCGAUCCCCAUCCCGCCCCUCAUGCCACAGUCAUCUUCUGCUUCCUCGGGCCGCGAUGGCCGUGGACGGUUGAAGCGACGGAAGCUUGAUGCGGAUGAUAACCGAGAAGGCUUCCGAGGUUUCAACUAUGGCCAUAAUGGCCAGGUAGUUCCCGGGCCUCUGAAGAUGGAGAUUGCCAGCUGUGAUGGGGGAAUCUACGAUCCUGAUGGAGAUAGUUCAUUCCCGGAUAAUGUUCUUCGGAAUGACCAGUCAGUCUACUGCACCAAAUCCGAUCGCUGCAAUAUUGUUCUUCAGCACCGUGGUGAGGCCCCUUUCUGCCUGAAGAAGAUCGUUAUCAAAGCUCCGCGGACCGGAUUUGAUUCACCAAUUCAAGAAGGCAUGGUAUUUGUGUCUAUGACGUCCGAUGAAUUACUUGCCCGCACUGCCCAGUAUCAAAUCCAAUACUCCAGUCAUCGCCGCCGCCGUCGCAAUCGCCGAUCAGGUUUACAGCCAUCCCAGGAAUACCUGAACUCUUUUCGAUCUCCGCUGCAAUCUCUCGAUCGAACCGUGCUCAUGGGACCUGCUUCGCAGGCAUUAUCGGAGAACGACAAUGCCAGCCGGGCUGCAAACGAUCCACAGGCCGAUUUCCGCAUCACUACCGAGUACGAUGAAUAUCCAGAAGACAAUCUGUUCAUGGAACGGGAAGACGAGGACCGCCCGUCGGUUGCUGAACUGGAGCAAGUUCAAGAAGACGAUGAUCUCUGCUCGGAGAGCGAGGACAGUAUCAGUGAGGACGAGGAUCUCGACGAUAAUAAUCUGAGUAACGUCCAUCGACGCCGCAUCGAGCUACAACGCCUCCAAGCCACGCAGAGACGUCGCCCGGCCAGCCUAGUUAACCCGAUUCCCCCUCCAUCUUCUGCUCCGGCAGGGUCCAGCGGAGUCUCGCCAACUUUUGAAGUGUUGAAACCCCAUGCGCGGUUCUUCAUUGAGCGAGAGAAGAGCAUGGUCAGCAUUAAGUUUGAUCCACCUCCUUCCGGACGGUUCAUUCUCAUCAAACUUUGGAGCCCUCGGAGUGAUGGCAACAUCGAUAUUCAGAGCAUCAUCGCCCAUGGAUAUGCGGGGCCGAGGUUUUUCCCGAGUGGCGGAUUCCGCUAA